AGUAGCAGGUAGCUUUUUCUUUUCUUUUUUUCAUAUUAUAUACAUAAAUGACAAUCAAAGGCCAUCUUUUUCUUUUUUAACAGUUUAUCGAUAUAGUGCAUUUCGUCGACAUCGGUAUCUGUUUAUUGUUUAGCUGAUUAUUAAGUUCAGGCUGUUGAGCCUCCUUUAAGGUUCUUUGUGGAUUUUACUUGGUAAUAUUUGAGGUUUAACUCAGAUUUUGAUGUUUCUGCGUUACAGCCACGGGCACGAUGGCUGCACCCCGCAUCGAGUCCCAAGUGGCGACCGUCAUUCUGAACACGGAACGCGAACGACGUGUUGUGGAUCGUGAAAGCACUUGCCCCAUUUUAAUUCGGACGUUCAUCCAGUCCAAUACCCAUCUCAAACCUUCCGAAAUCAAUUCUGGCAAUCUACCAAACGACGAGCGCCUGUUGUUAAUUCACACGUGGGUGGACGCCACCCUCCGCGAGUUAACCAACAUCAUCCGCGAAGUCCGUCCCGAAGCGCGUCGGCUGGGUACGCGGUUGAGCUUCCACUUGCUCACGCCGGAACAGCAACAUCCAGGGUAUCGCAGCCGCAAUAUGGGGGAGGUAUUUAUUGGCAGUAAGCCCGGGGAUGAACGGGUGGAGAAUAAGACCCUGGAGGAAUGGUACGUGCAAGCCGGGGACGUCUUGGAUGUGUGCAUUCAUUCGCACAUGUCACGCGGACCUCGCAAUGAUCGCGACAGGGACAGGGAGCGGGAAGGGAAUCGGACGGGCUAUCGCGACCGUGAGAACAGGCGGCGAUGAAGCAGAAUUACGGUUACGGUCUUGUCGUGCACCUUUGUUGAGACGUUCUUGACAGUUCUUACGAUUCCUGCAGAAUGUUAUCUGAAUUGAAUGCAAGUAUGCUUGAAUCGCUCCGCUUUUUCCACUUCAUUGUAUUGUGUAGCAUCUAUCAACUUGCGAGCACAGCUGCUGUUUUGUUGCAAUUAUUAUUGUGUUACGCGAAAUUUGCUGUUAUUGAGCAAUUCACGACUGCAGUGAAAAUCAGCAAUACGAGCAGAAGCGAUGAUGUUGUAAGGUUUUUUGGCUUGUUCCGUUUUUGUGGAACAGAGUCAGCAGACUUUACUGCUUUCUGAUUUCCGAAUCAUUAAAGGCGUGCAA